UUACGAAAUUUCGUGAUGAGGAACAUGACUUUUGCUAUCAUUUUCGCGCUCGUGGGAACCUUGACGUUCCUCGGGCAGUCAACGGUCAGCAAAAAAAAUGUGGGCAACGAAAAUUCGGUGGAAUCGAACAGAAGACUGUCGAGGAAAAAGAGACACUUGGCUUUCCCCACCGGGACUAAUUUCGUGACGACGAUAACUCUGCUGAAAGCGAUCCAAGUGAACGAGCCAAAGAACUGGAACCUCGAUCUCGAGUUCGACAUGAUUUGGCCAAUUCCCAAUGGAGAAAAGCUCUUGAAAAAAGCUUCGAAACGUACGAACAUUUAUCAUCAUAUUCGACGUCACAAAAGGGAUCUUUAUUCGAAAAUUGAGCUGGCGUUAUCCAGCCAGGGUUUGCCUGGGAAGGAAUGUCUCUUGAGAACGAUCUGCGAGGCGAACAUUUACUUGAGUUCUCCGGGUGUCUCGUUCCUCGAAGACGUCUUGCGAGUCGUUCUAAGCCACGAAGACCGAGCAGCCGAGUUGGACUCGUACGACCUCGCGUAUCGCAAGAGCGGCGACUGUCACAUCGAGUACCCUUGCCCAUUUUCGAUUCUAGAAUUCCUGCUGAACAGCAACGCUGAUUUUCUCGUUUAAGAAUCAAACGACGAAUAAAAUCCCUGGACUAGCUCGUUUUUCCUGUCGUUCGAAUUCGCUCCAUUUCGAAUUGAAAAAAGAAUUUGAAAAUUCAUUCACCGAGUGAAAAGCUAAAAUUGAGAUACCAACAUUUAUUCAAAUAAUUAAAAAAAAAUUUGAAAAGUCAAACUUCGAAUCGUCCGGCUCGAAGGUGAUCGAUUCUGGAAAUACUGGAAAGACAAAGCUGGUUUUAAUGUCGUGAUAGAAAAUUAGGUCGUGGAUAGGUGAGGUCACGAGUGUCCUGAGGGAUUCACGGUUAACCAACAGUGGAAGACAAUGGGAGCAGCAGUUACAAACGUGUGGCCGUUCCAUCCCCUCGUCGCCGUGGCGCGCGUAUACAUAAUGCAAAGAUAUUUGCAGUUGGACAACUUUCAGCGCUGCUUUUCGACUGU